AGAUAUGUUUAUCGUGCUGCGUUUAGGUUAUUUGGAUUUUGUUCGGAAAUUUGUUUCAUGUUUGUUUCGUUGCGCUUUUGUUAGAAAUAACAAAAGAACUGUUAUUUUGAUUAAGUAUUAUGACAAGUUAAAGCAGGAAGUUUGGUUUCCAGAUGCAGCAAUCGGUGAGGUUGUUUUUAGGUCGGGAUGGUUUAAAAAGGUUGAAUUGUACGUCUGUUACUCGCUAUUCUAGUCGCAGCAAUUCGGAUACGUCGGACGCAUAUAAAGUAAUUAAACCCCGUAGAUCAGCAGAAGAAAUAGAUGACAGUCAGGUACCUAACUGGGAGCUACUAGCACCACGUGGUUAUCGCUUCUACCUUCCAGGUGGCCUGGGCCCUGCUUGGUAUGAUUCUACUUCCACUCCUUUGCCAUAUGGUGCAAUUGCUCAGACACCAGUAACUGACAGCAAGUUUGAUUUCACAGUACAGCGGUGCCCAGUAUUACUGAGGAAAGAUGUGGAGGAACUGUUCACUGGAGUCAACUUUCGAGGCUUAGAACUUAGUGUUGUUACAUUAACAUACCACAGAGCUAAGAAACGUACUCUGGGAGGAAAUGUUACUGCAGAUCCUGAAGGAGAGAGGGAAACUGUUGUCAAAAGUUUUGUGGUUGUAGCCCAAGAAGUAUGUACUAAACUGAAGAUGGCAGGGUACUGGGCAGACUUUGUGAACCCUUUCUCAGGACGGCCAUAUUUUGGCACAGGUUUUGAACUGGGUGGAAUGCUGUAUCGUGUGGAUCCUCGCUUCCGCUGCCUGGGAUUCCGUGUUAUUGAUGCACCCACUGGGUGCAGUAUUCUUGCUCACUCUGCACAGGCACCACUUACAGGAAACCUAUUCACCACUGCCCCUUCGAGUGCGGAUCUGCUGACAGAGAUUUUAAACCAGUUUUCAUAGAUAAUAAAUUACCUUCAUAAAUUUGUUGUCUGAGUCUGUGAUGUAUCUUUAGGUUUGUUGUUAAAUAAACUAGAAUUUGGACAUUUAAAAAAAUCACUAUUUUUUUAAUCAUAAUCAGUUAAAUUUUGACUCUACAAAUACAGAGAAAUUUCAGUGCUUCACAGUAUAUAUAUUUCAAAGUGAGAACUGGCAUUUUAGAAGAGAAGUGCUUUUACAGGCGGUAAGUGUAAGUUCAUUUGAUAUUUUACGUGCUAGAACUGCUACUCUGGAUGUGCCUAGCAGUUUUUGUAAACAGUUCAUAUGAUUUUCAUGACUCAUGCCAUUGACAGUGACAUACUGGGCCUGCAAGUAUAGAAAAUUUCAACUAAGAUACAUAUUUUGACAAUAAGGAUGUAUUUUGUUAAUUGUUCAAAGAAUAUGAUUAUCUAGAAUUUGAUGAAUGAAUAACUCACCUUAAAAUAUUGCAAGUCCCUUCUGUAAAAUAUUUUCUCCACUUUCACAUUGAAGCACUAUUACCUUGAGGUGGCUUCCCUUUUUCCAUACCUUAAAUGAUGAUGUACCAUACAUAUGG